AUGAUUUCCACGAAACCAUUCCAAACUUGGUCAUUCCACGUGCGACCGCAGUCGGAAGCUAUUCCACAUUGCGCCCCUUGUCCAGAAUUCUUCCCUUUACACACUGUAUUGGUCAAGGUGGCUUCCGACCAGCAGUUAACGGAAAGCAAGGGACGCUUGCUACCUCUCUUCGAGAAACCCACUCGUUCACUUGUCUCUGGAGCAGGUUCUGCUGCCAACUUUGCUUUCAAGGUUCCACACCAACCUCCAGUGGUCUCAUCCCCAUCCUCUUCUAUGGCCACCCCCGACCAACAGCCACCUGGCGCUAAACCACGGCGGACCUCACUAGCGCUUCCAUCUUCGCCACGCGUCGUUCCGGCUUGGAAUUUCCGAGAUGACACAACUAUCCCUUACGCACGCAAGGGAAAAAUGCGGAAAAUUGAAUCUACGCCAGACGACGAGGAAGAUAACGAAGGGGAAAGUAAGCCGCAGGAGAAAGAGAAGCGACAACGCAGGAAGUGGUCGCCAGAGGAAACCCAGAUGCUCGUGGAGGGAUGUCAAAUUCAUGGCGUAGGAAACUGGAAGGCUAUUCUCUCUGAUCCAAAUCUGUCUUUCGACAACCGCUCGCCGGUAGAUUUGAAGGACAGAUUUCGGACAUAUUUUCCCGAAGCCUACCGCACCCAUUAUCCCAAUGCGCGAACCCACCUUCCCUCGUCUCUUGGCUCAUUAUCCUCAUCCCACACUGGCACCCCAACAACACUCAACCGCUCGACCAACGCAGAUGGAACACCUUUGUUUCCUACUCCCCCCUCAGCCCAUCCCAAACGACGACCAUUCACGCAAGAAGAAGAUGCAGCUUUGUUAGCGGGAUUCCGUAGGCAUGGUGCGGCUUGGGCGACGAUAGCCAAGGAAGCACCUGUGUUUGGGGCGACGGGCAGAAGGAGUAUGGACCUGCGAGAUAGAUUUCGGAAUGCAUGGCCAGAAGAAUACGAGAGGGCAGGGUACAAAGCGCGUCCGAGAGUCGUCAAGAAAACGAAAGAUCUCAGUUCUGUGGUCAAAGAAGAGUUGGGGGAAGACGAACAGCCGAGAGGACGGGCGCGAGUCGGGCGGUCCAAAACUGAUGAAGGAUUGUCGAACACCACCGCUGGUGUUGAUCCAGCUUUGGGUCCUAUCCGGCGUCGAAGAAGAGCACACACAAGUCAGGGUUUCAAGACCAUGUCUAUGCCUUGUUCAGACGACGAGGCUGAAGCUACGUCGGAUGUUGCUAAAUCUGACCUGGGAGCCUUUAGCUUCGGUUCUGCUGCUUCGGAUUUCACAUUCAAAUUUGCGAAUCCCAGCUCUCAUUCGAGCAUUCAACAACAGGCAGGAGAGGAAACUGCUAUGGGCCUCGUACCAGGCAUGCAACACCUGGUUGUUGCCCCCCCAACCGAUGUAGACGGUGACGAGCCUAUGCUUGAUGUUGAAGGAGCUGUUGCCGAUACUGUUCCUGUAACUUCUGUGUCCCCUUCGCAAGACCUGACACAAACUAUGCCACCCCCGAGUCCAACUAAACUUCAACAAGCUCACUUUCUGCAUCGCCGACAAGAGGAACUAGCUUCGCUGGGUCUUACGCUGAAUAGCUCAACUGGUCAAACCAUUGGGCGCAGCGCGUGGGGGCCACAAGAUUGGUUUUCCGCCAACCCUCGUCUCGAUUCUUCUUCAGCCAACCUGCAUAAUAAUUCGACCAGCCGAGCGAUCCAUUCUCCUCCGCUGAGUAGCAGUGCUUCAUUCCCGCUCGAAAACACCAAUGCCAACGCGAGAGACUUUUUCGAACUCACGCAUGGCGUCAUGGAAAGAUACGAUCUCGAACAACCAGCAUUGUAUGGCCAUCUUCCCGGCUCACAUUCGCUAUCAUUUUCGUCCCAGAAUCCUAAUUUGAGCACGGCUGCAGCAUUUUCAUCACCCGCUCUGUCUUUCCAUUCGUCGUUCGAUCUAGACAGGGAUUUCGAAUUCGAUGCGGCACCUUCAGAAGCAGGCUUGUCUCUCUCUUCGUUCGAUACGCCAUAUUCGUACUCGGAAGCUGGCACGGACAUCGAUAUCGGUCUUUUGGAUGAUGCUGAAUCAGAGCCUGGUGGAUGGGCGGGUUCCAGCGGUGGCUUCAGAGGCUUCACUCAUCAUUCGAAUACGGCAGGAGAUUUGAUCUUUGGUGCCAGAACACAUCAACCCCUCGGUAUGUGGGGCGGUUGGGGUGUUGGUGUUGGUAGCUUUGGGAGAAGACCGGGUGAGUUGACAGGAAUCGCAGAGGUGGUCAGAGGUGGAAAGGAAGGGCACAGUGAUGAAGAAGACGAGACUGGCGAGAAUGCGAAUGGGAGAUCGACACGAGCAGAAAAGGUGCUCACGCUCGACGACUUGGUAGAUAUACCGGCAGAGCACGAGCCGGAUGUUCAAGACGACAAACCGGCCAGUCUCGCCGCAAGUACACAAACAGAGGAAGCUGCAGCUUCGGUGACAAUCAGGGAAAGCGAUAGCAUGCUUGAAUUGGAACUGGAGACUCCUGGAACACCGCUUUUGCGGCCAACGACUACCCCAUCUAGCACCGUUUUAGCACUGUCCUCCCGCAAUGCAGGUCUUCGAGCGCCCCUACCAAUACAAGCCACUGUCCAGACAGUUCAUGUCCACCACCAUCACCAUCAUCACCAUCAUUACCAUCAUGGACCGCCUUUGCUUGCAUCUUCCUCGCAGCAGAUUCAGACUCGAGCUCGCUCAGUCUCUGUUCCACCCCCUGCAGAAGCUGAGAUAGAUUGUGUCGCUGCACAGACCUUAUUGAGUGCCCCGACUACACCAUCGCUCACUGCGAUGACCAUACCGGGAAGUAUGUCGCCGCCGACUGCGUUUGCACUUGACCCUGUAUUUGCGUUGGGUGUUGGACAGCAAGGCAGGCUUGCUGCUGCUGUCAAUGCCGCCAGUAGCCCAACACCUGCCCAGCUCAAUUCACCAAGUCCACCAACUUCUCAUGGAGAUACGAUCUACCUCCCAUUCCUGGACCUCCAUUACUAUGGCGGUGGUGCUACAUCAGAAAUCCCCGGAGAAACAGCUCCAACCCGGAGAGGCGGGGAGGCACUUGAUCUAGCGAGGUCGUCUUCUGGCCCACACACAACAUCAGCCGCCGUCAAUCGGUUUGGAAUAUGGCCAGGGUUGAACGGAGCUCACAGUUCGAACCCGACAUCACCAAAGAUUACACCAGUAUCACCUAUUCCUCUUCGACAACCAUCCGUGCCAACGGCUGGCGCUAUGCGGCCGUUGAUAAGAAGCAUGAGCGGCGGCGGCAUGACUGGCAAAACCAAGCUGGCACUUGCACUUGCUAAAUCUGGUGGCGGAACUACGCCAUCGACUCCGAAGACUUCCAAAGGAUCGAGGAAUGGACAUCAGCGUGGGCAGAGCGCCGUCGUCCGGCCCAUUGAUCUGGUGGUUUCUGCUGCCGCCGAUGUUGGCCCGGAAACGGCUAAGCCGGAUACUUCAGCCGGACUGCCGAAGGGCAAGCGCAAGCGUGCAAGUUGGGAUGGUGGUGGGUGGUAG